GCGGCGGGCCAACGGGCGGGCGCGUUGCUGUUGCGAGGCGGCCGGGCCGGGCCGGGCCGGGCCGUGCGGGGCGAUGCGGGCGGCGGGCGGCCAUGGAGGUGCGGUGCGGCGGGCUGCUCUUCAGCUCCCGCUUCGACUCGGGCAACCUGGCGCGCGUGGAGCAGGUGGAGCCGCCGCGGGGGGACGCGCUGCCGGCCGCCGACUACGAGUUCAACGUCUGGACGCGGCCCGACUGCGCCCGCACCGAGUACGAGAACGGCAACAGGUCCUGGUUCUACUUCAGCGUGCGCGGCGGCGCCCCGGGGAAGCUGAUCAAGCUGCACAUCCUCAACAUGAACAAGCAGAGCCGGCUGUACUCGCAGGGCAUGGCCCCCUUCGUGCGCACCCUGCCCGGCCGGCCCCGCUGGGAGCGCAUCCGGCAGCGGCCCAGCUUCGAGAUGGUGGAGACCCAGUUUGUGCUGUCCUUCGUGCACCGCUUCCUGGAGCACCGCGGCACCACCACCUACUUUGCCUUCUGCUACCCCUUCUCCUACACAGAGUGCCAGGAGAUGCUGGCGCAGCUGGACAGCCGCUUUGAGGAGUGCCAGCACAUGUCUCCCAGCAGCCCCCCGGACUCCGUCUACUACCACCGGGAGCUGCUGUGCCACUCCCUGGACAAGCUGCGCGUUGACCUGCUGACGGUCACCUCCUGCCACGGCAUGCAGGAGAAGCGGGAGCCCCGGCUGGACAAGCUCUUCCCGGACACUGCCACGCCGCGGCCGCGCCGCUUUGCGGGGAAGAGGGUGUUCUUCCUGAGCAGCCGGGUGCACCCCGGGGAGACGCCCUCCAGCUUUGUCUUCAACGGCUUCCUGGACUUCAUCCUGCGCGAGGAGGACCCCCGCGCCCAGAUGCUGCGGCGGAUGUUUGUCUUCAAACUCAUUCCCAUGCUCAACCCGGACGGGGUGGCGCGAGGCCACUACCGAACCGACUCCCGCGGGGUAAACCUGAACCGCCAGUAUCUGAACCCCGAUGCCGAGCUGCACCCUGCCGUGUACGGGGCCAAAGCCGUCCUCCUCUACCACCACGUGCACAGCCGCGUCCUGCCGGGCUCCCCCGACUGGAGGACGUACGUCUCCCCGCUCAGCACCAGCUUGCUCAGCACCAACUCUUCCAACCAUUCCGUCCGCGGCAGCGCCCCGUCCCCCGAGGCAGCCCUGUCGGAGCUGGAGAAAGCCAAUAACCUCCGCAACUCGCCCAGCGCCUGGAGCGCCGGCACGCGCCGCAGCCCGCCUCGGGAGCCCCCGCCCGCCGCGCUGGAGCUGAUCCUCCCUGGCAGCUGCUCCGCGGAGCACCCUGAGGAGGAAGCCAGGAGGCCGCCGCCUCUCCCCGAAACCAUCCUGCCCCAGCACAGCGGGCUGGCCUACUACGUCGACCUCCACGGGCACGCCUCCAAGCGCGGCUGCUUCAUGUACGGCAACAGCUUCAGCGACGAAAACGAUCAGGUAGAGAGCAUGCUGUUCCCUAAACUCAUCUCCUUGAACUCACCUCACUUUGACUUCACGGGCUGUAACUUCUCCGAGAAGAACAUGUACGCCAAAGACAAGCGGGACGGGCAGUCGAAGGAGGGCAGCGGGCGAGUGGCCAUCUACAAGGCCUUGGGCAUCAUCCACAGCUACACGCUGGAGUGCAACUACAACACGGGGCGCUCGGUGAACAGCAUCCCGGUGGCCUGCCACGACAACGGGCGCGCCAGCCCCCCGCCGCCCCCCGCCUUCCCCUCCAAGUACACUGUGGAGCUCUUUGAGCAGGUCGGCAGAGCCCUGGCCGUGGCAGCGCUGGACAUGGCAGAGUGCAACCCGUGGCCCCGCAUCGUCCUGUCGGAGCACAGCUGCCUCAGCAACCUGCGGGCCUGGAUGCUGAAGCACGUGCGCGGCACGAGGGGCGCCGCCGGCUGCGCGCGGAGGAGGGGCGCCCGCAGCCCUCCCGGGAGCACCACAGGGCUCCCGACCUCGGCCUCGGAUAACGCCCUGUCCCGCGCGCGCAGCUUCAGCAACGGCACCAGCGGGAGCGGCAGCAGCCAGCAGGACUCGCCCCAGAUCAAAGCCUCGCCCAGCUUCUCCUUCGGCUGCAGCCGGCCCUGCGCCCCAGCCGCGGACGGCCAGAGCCCGCAGACGGGCGGCGCGAGAGCCCCGGCGCCGGUCAGAGGGUCCUCGCCGGCGGGCGCCCGGGCAGGGACGGUGACGGGCAGCAGCCACGGACCGCGGGAGGCGCAGCGCGGCGGCGGCGGGGAAAGGGCGGCCGCGCACGGCAGCGCGCCGCUGCAGGCGCUCCCGAAGAAGCUGAACGCCAGGGGAGCCCCGGAGCGGCCCGGCCCGGGGGCGCUCCCCGCCCGCCCCAGCAGGAUCCCGGUGCGGAGGAAGGGGGCGGCGACCGCCCGGAGCCCGCCCGCGCUCUGCCCCGGGAGCACCGCAGCCCUCCCGGCCCAGAGGCACGGCCGGGGCGGGCCCUGCGCCGCGCAGCCCCCCGCAGGGCCCUGCCAGGCGGCCCCGGCCCCCGUCGCGGGGGCGCGGAGCGUGGAGCGGCUGCCGGGCGAGGGCCUGCGCCCCCAGGUACGGCCCCGGGCACGGCGGGGGGCUGCCGCGCAGGCGGGGGGCUCGGCCCCCGGCCCCUCCCCACCCGCUCUCCUGCCUUGUAGCGCCCGCCCAGCCCGGCCUCCGGCUGCCCCUCGCUCCGCUCCUGCCGGCGGCUCCUCUCCUUCUGCGCCGAGGCCUGACCGCGGCCGCCAGCGCCGGCCCCGCACCCGCCACGGCCGCGCGCCCGCGCCCAGCCCGGGACCGCCGGCGCGGAGGAGCCGCAGCAGCCGCCGGCGCGCUCGGCGCCGUGCCCGGUGCUGGGAGCCGCCCCGCUCGCCGGCGGGAGGUAUUUUUACAUAA